AUGCUUAAGAAGCCCUCCAUCAUGAAAAGUGCUGUGACUCUGUCUAGCAGGCACACUGCAGCAGGCUUGGAAAGGAGAAACGACAGGAAAACUGAACUACAAAAAAAGCAGAAAUGUACUACUCAGCUUCUAAUGGUCCAAGAAACUGGAUAUAGCAUGGCAGAAAGUGACAUGAAGGUCUGUGAAAAAGCCAGUUGCAUCUGGAAAGGAUGCCAAGAAGAGAUGCAGAAUGAGUUCAGAGCUGUUACCAUCAUGAAGCCAUCAGUGACAUUGGAGCCAGAACUGAGGCUUCAUAUUACUGGUUUGCAUGAUGAUUACUAUCUAAACAUACUGGACUGGAACCUUGAAAAUCUCAUUGCUGUUGCUCUGGGAUCUGCUGCAUAUAUUUGGAAUGGAAGAACUCUUCAAGGCAUUGAAAGCAUUGGUUUAAAUUCCAGUUCCAAAUACAUUUCAUCUCUAGCUUGGAUAAAAGAGGGAACUUGCCUUGCUGUUGGCACUAGUGAUGGAGAAGUGCAACUGUGGGACAUUGAAAGGAAAAGGAGGUUGAGAAAUAUGUUUGGCCACCUGUCUGUAGUUGGAGCUCUGAGCUGGAAUCAUUAUAUUCUGAGCAGUGGUUCAAGACUGGGAUCUAUUCAUCACCAUGAUGUUCGAGUGGCUCAGCAUCACGUUGGUACUCUUUGCCAAAACAAACAAAGCAUUUGCAGCCUCAAAUGGUCAUUAACCAAUCAGUUGCUCGCAAGUGGGUCUAGUGAUGGUAUACUGAAUAUCUGGCACAGUGAUCCUGGUGUGAAAGUGCAGACGCAGCCACUGAAAACCAUUCCUCAUUCUUCAGCAGUUAAGGCUAUGAACUGGUGUCCUUGGCAGUCCAAUGUCCUUGCUACAGGGGGUGGAAUGAAAGAUGGGAUUUUGCGUGUCUGGGACAUAAACAGUGAGAAACUCCUCCAGAGUGCAGCUACAGAUUCUCAGAUUUGUUCAUUGCUCUGGUUACCCAAAACCAGUGAACUGAUGACUGGACAAGGCCUUCCUGGAAAUCAGAUGAAAAUAUGGAAGCAUCCAGCACUUAUCAAUUCAUCAGAACUCUAUGGUCAUAAAAGGAGAGUCCUGCAUAUAGCCUUAAGCCCAGAUCAGAGGAGGCUCCUUUCGGUCGCUGCUGAUGGGAUAGCUUGUCUGUGGAAAUGCCAUGAAUAUGAAGAGAACAAUGAAAAAAAAGAAAGUUUUUUUUCUAAUGAUUAUUAG